AACGUCAUUUCUGAUUGCUCAGAACACUGUGGAAAGCAUCCCCCCUUACAAUCUGACAUGGAGGAGUUCAGGGACUGCCUUGAAACUUGUGGGCUCUCCACACCUCACACUAUUGGGUCUUUAUUCACAUGGUCUGGGGUUAGAAGCAAUGGUAGAGUUAUGAGGAGGCUGGACAGGGCUCUGGUCAAUGACCGGAUGAUAGAAGACUAUGAGGAUAUCACUAUUUCUCAUCUUAGUAGAGCAUCAUCAGACCACAAGCCUAUUCUACUUCAAUGCAAGAAAGGAAGCCAAGCAGGUCCUAAACCUUUUAGGUUCUUGAAUGCAUGGUUAAAUCACCACUCUUUCCUCAAGAUGGUCUCUGAUCACUGGGAUAGUAGCAGUCAUCAUGGGGGUAUGGCUGGUCUAGCAUUCAAAUUGCAUGGGCUAAAGAGACACAUCAAAGAGUGGAACAUAAAGACUUUUGGUAAUGUGGUUAAUAAACUAAAGGAAGCCGAGGAAACAACAAUUAAGGCUCAGGAACAAUUUGAGAAGGACCCAACACCAGAAAACAGGGAAUUGGAUAAUAAGGCAAAGGCUCAGUUGAUAAGGGCUACAGAGAAUGAUCUAAGCUUUUGGAAACAGAAAGCUAACCUGAAAUGGAUGGAAGAGGGGGACUGCUGUUCCAAAUUCUUUCACUCCUAUGUCAAAGCCAGAAGAUCUAAUCAUCAAAUCAGAAGCAUAAUGGAUGAGAAGGGGAAAGAACACAAAGAUAUGGCAAUUAUUAAGCAAAUGGCUAUAGACUACUACUCCAAGCUCUACAACAACUCCAAAGAUGUAGAUAUGGAGCCUGUUCUACAUUACUUGGACAAACCUAUCAGCCACCAGGACAAUAUCAAUAUCAGCAAGAAAAUGCUGGACGACUUCCAAAGAGAGAGACUAGAAGUCGAGGCUAAAGCUGAUAAAUUAGUCAAUGAUCUCUGCAAGGCUGUUGAGCUUAAACGCUCCCUCCAAUCUCAAGAUCAAAUGAGGGAGGUGAAUGCUCAAAAAGAGGCUCUAGAACCUAAAACCAACCCUGAACCAUUCAACCACCAGGUUCUGGUUCUAGAAAAAUCACCCAGUUCAACACCAUCACAGAAACUCGAGAGCAUAACAACUCUCGCUAGGGCUACUGUGGUGAUAUUACCUGAAUCCCUUCCUAGCCAAGUCUCAACCAGCAUAGUUGUACAGAAAGUGGAACCAACUAAGGGACCUGACUCAGAACCACUUAUGCUUAUUCAAGAACAGAAAGAGGAGGAAGUUUUGCCUAUGGAAAUAAACGACCAUCUCCUUAAUUGUGUUGGAGACACACCUCAAGAGGAACUUGUUCUUGAGGAAAUAGAGCCCACUACCUAUGCCCAAGAUUCUAACGUUCAAGAGUCUGAGGAGGAAUCUAUAGACGAGGAAAUAUCUAGCACAGAGGAACCAAUAACAGAACCAUUGGGAAAUGCUGCUGAAAUUUUGAUAGGUUUGGCAGACGAACAGAAGAAGAAAAAGGUUAGAGGUGUAGGGAAGUGCGAGAAGUUGUAUAAGAGGAGGAGGGAGGGUCACCCGCCUAUAGAGCUUGAGUGUGAGGGGGAGCCUCAUGAGUUGGUAGCUUCUCAGGCCACCACUUCUGCUGAUAUCGCUGGGUCGUCUACGGAGUUGGGUUCUCAUCUGGGACGGGAGGACUCUUGGUUGCAAGGUCACACCCCUCGGAAGCAGCCAGAAGUUACGGACCCUGCACAGAUGGAGAUUCGUGAUAGAAUAGUCCAGCUGAAGAAAGAGGUCGCAGCCGGUACCUUUGUUCCAGAUGGGCACAAUGAUGUACUGACUAGAGCUUUAGGGACUGCUAAGCACCCGGGGCAGACGAGGGGUGUUGGGUCAUAUUCGGGCUUACGUAAAGUUUUCAAAGGCAACAUGAAGCCCCGUAAGCCUGAAGGUAACUAUAUGACUGAGAAGGAUCUUUUGCAGCGUCUUCCUUCCCUUUUGCAGCACGUAGUAGCAAGGCAUCUACAGAGGGUUGAGUUUAAAGACGACAAAUGGUCCCAUCGCUACUUCGUCAUUGAGUUCCCGGUUCACAGCCCCUUAGAUCUGCCGGGUGUCGUUUUCCGUAGUUGUAUUUCUCGGACAAAGUUCGAUGCAGUACCCCUGGCGGAGGCAGCAUACUACGCCUUGGGUCCUGACCCCAUCCCGUUCAGUCCAAUGACAUGGCUGGGCUGAGUCCCGGCAAAUUCUCAAGGCUAUAUCCGGCACUCUGUCUUCCUGCGCCCUCACCUCCCAGUCCACCCCGGCUCCGAUCCGGGAGGAUAGAUUGGGACUCUAUGACCCUUUAAGACUUUGCCUUCUACCAGAGGAUGCACAAGGCUAGACUUGGGCGUU